GUGGAAACCGGAAGGGUGCUCUUAGGCUGCGAGUAUCCCGUAGAUCCUGUGCCGGAAGUUGAGGCUAAGCGGGCUUUACCAUGGCUGCGGUGCCGCCAGAUUCCUGGCAGCCCCCCAACGUCUUUUUGGAGACAAGCAUGGGGACCAUUGUGCUGGAGCUCUAUUGGAAACACGCCCCCAAGACCUGUAAGAACUUUGCAGAGUUGGCUCGACGUGGUUAUUACAAUGGCACCAAGUUUCAUAGGAUCAUCAAAGAUUUCAUGGUCCAAGGUGGUGAUCCCACAGGAACAGGCAGAGGUGGUGCAUCUAUCUAUGGCAAACAGUUUGAAGAUGAACUUCACCCUGAGUUGAAAUUCACAGGGGCUGGAAUUCUUGCAAUGGCCAAUGCAGGGCCAGAUACCAAUGGCAGCCAGUUCUUUGUCACCUUGGCCCCUACCCAGUGGCUUGAUGGGAAGCAUACCAUUUUUGGCCGUGUGUGUCAGGGCAUAGGGAUGGUGAAUCGAGUGGGUAUGGUAGAGACAAAUGCCCAGGACCGUCCUGUUGAUGAUGUGAAAAUUAUCAAGGCUUACCCAUCUGGAUAAAAGUGGAGUCUAGGCAGAUAUAUCCAUGGCCAGUCCCAGCGAGUUUCAUUGGAGAUUUCUUAGCUGGCCAGUCCUUAGGUAGCCUGUGGACAUUAGAGCAAAAUGACCUCUACAUUCCCAUCUAUUUGCUCUGGAGUCAUCGUUGGAUUUGCCUCUAUAGUUUGUCCUGCAGAAUAAGCCAUGUCCCAGAUGGACUAGAGAGGAAAGUGCAUUUUAAUUAACAAGACACUUCUUUCCUUCUCCUAGGAUAUAAAUGUCAGAACAUUGUACACAUA